AUAUCCAACACCAUCAUCGUUCAGAGGCAAACGCAUUAGAGUUUUCGCUUCUUGUCGUUCUCGUCUUUUGCCAAUCGCUAGUUCCUUCCUAUUCUUCCGCGACAUUGAUGCUGGAAAAAUUGAUCGAUGUGUCGGUCCACGAGGUCGUCAUCGACUUCGCGCUCCGCCGCAAGUGCCGCGCCAAUGUCCUCCUCACCUCCCUCUCCGCCGCCUCCCCCGUCGCCUUCAAGGUCCAGACCUCGUCCCCUCACAAGUUCCUAGUGAACCCGCCGAGCGGGGUCAUCCCUCCCUCGUCCUCCCUCACCCUCCAGAUCGUCCUCAGGCCUCAAGCCCACCUCCCCUCCUCUUUCCCCCGGUCGCCCGCCGACCGCUUCCUCAUCAGGACCGCGGAGCUCGGUCCCGAGUCGGCCGAGCCCGCUGGCCCCGACUCGGUCGGCUCGUGGCUGUCGUCUCGGCCGACUCGGGACGUGAAGCUCAAGGUCGCUUUCGGGGGUCGGUUGCUUCUCCGCCACGCAGUGGAGUGCGGGGAUGUCGACGCCGUGAGGGGCUUGAUCAAGCGGCAGAAGGGAAUUGCCGCCGAGCUGCCGGUCGAGGAUGCGGAGUCGCUGCUCCGGGCCGCGGAGGCGUCGGAGAACUCGGCGAGGAUGGUCAGUUUGCUCGUGGAAGCGGGGCUUAAAGUUGACUCGCCGGUGGAGUCUGACGAUCGGACGGCGGCGAACGGGAGAUGUCUUUGGAGUGAGAAGGAUCAUGGGCCGUUGGAGCUGCUGAGUCAGAACGGGGAAACAGCCAAAGAUGAUCGUGGCCGUUCAGCCAUUCGAUUGGUUCACGAUAAGGGACAACAUAAACAGGAAGUUCAAAAGCAGGGAGAAGCGGUGUUAAUGGCGGCGAGACGUGGCGACGUAGCGGGACUAUCGUCGCUGUUGCGCGGUGGCGCGACCACGGAUUACCGUGACCAGUACGGUCUCGCACCGCUCCACGCGGCGGCCAUCAAAGGCCACGAGGAAGCCAUGGGCCUGCUCCUCAAUUACGGGUUGGACGUCGAGUGCCGGGACAACGAAGGCCACACCCCCUUGCAUCUGGCGGUGGAGCGCGGUAGCAUCGAGACGGCGGAGGCGUUGAUCGACAAGGGCGCGGACGUCAAUGCAGCGAGCGAGAGCGGGGCGACGCCGCUAUAUGUAGCAAGAACCAUGGGAUACCAAGAGAUUGAGGAGCUGCUUUUGAGGAGAGGGGCCGUUUCCUUAGAAAUGGUUUGUACUACUUCUACAUCAAUGAACUAGCACAGAAUAGCUCUUGCGAAAAGAAGCAUGAUCAUUUUGGUAAACUAUGUCAUAACGUGGUAGAGAAAAGAUACGCAUGUAAAAGCGACUGAAAGAUUAUGGAGGGAAAAAUAUGAGUUAGC